AUGUACCUGGAAUCUCAGCCCGGCGUUCCCUGGAUCACACUGAACUACAUCAUUGCGGAGGCCAUGGGCCGCUUUCGUAGCCAGCAGAGCCGGCCUAGACAUCACCCUUGCUGCCAAGCUGCCAGCGUCUUCGACAUGAGUGCCUUCACGCCCUCGAUGACGCCGGCCGACGUGGUGCUGCUGACUGCGAAGGGAGAGCAGGACCGGAUGAACAGCAUCACCAGGCUCUGCAUGGAGAGGUGCGCAGACACCCUACGCCGCGAUGAGGCUUUGCCAGUUGGCCAGGAUUCUCAUGAGCGGCUGCCAGAGAAAACACGGCGUUGCUUAGACGUGUGCUUCCAGAAGUUUUGCGACACUGCCGACCUCGUGGCAGCGGAGAAGCAAGCUUGGGAAGGUCAACAGCUCCGCUUGGCGCAGCGCCAGGCCAUGGCCACUACCGCCGUGGGCGGCUUGGGCAACUCCUUGGGUCAGGGCUUGUUUCGGAAUUGCCGAUGCGAUGGCAUAGACGUUCGCCUCAUCAGCGCCUUCCUGAAGCGCUACUUCAACGAGGGGGUACUUCAGGAUGGCUACAAGCUCAGUCCGCUCGAUGCCUACACUUGCCCUAACGAGGGAUCUUUGGACGAGGUUCGAGAGCACGUCCGCAGCCUUCCUUUCGACGAGGAUCCGCAGGUCUUUGGACUCCAUCCAAAUGCACAGAUUACGGCGCAGACAGAGGAAGCGCGGAAGUUCCUUGGCAUCAUCCUCUCCGUUCAGCCCCGCAUCGCGGCUGCGGGUGGUGGAAAGCGCCCCGAGGAGCUCGUGGCGGAGAUGGCCGAGGCAUUUCUUGGGCGAGUGCCAUCAACCAUGCUCCGGAAGCACGCGCACCCGGAAACGUACAAAAAGACAGCUGAUGGUGGCAUCGUGUCUUUGGGCGUCUUUCACGGGCAGGAGAUGGACCGCUUCAAUGUGCUGAUCAAUCGUGUGCAGAGCACUCUGGUGACUUUGGGCAAGGCCAUCAAAGGCUUCGUGGUCAUGUCUGCGCAGUUGGAGGACAUGUACAACUGCUUCUUGUCCCAGCAGCUGCCACCACUUUGGGGAGAGGUCUCGUACCCCUGCUUGAAGCCUUUGAAUUCCUGGUUCUCUGACUUCGAGGAACGGAUUGACUUUAUGGCACGAUGGCUGAAGAUGGGACCUCCCUCGAGCUACUGGGUUCCGUGCUUCUACUUCCCGCAGGGCUUCAUGACCUGCUCCAAGCAGGUCCACGCGCGAAAGACUAAGAUUCCGAUCGAUGCCUUGGUCUUCUGGCAGGAGAUGACGAACUGCACGGAGCCCCGCCUGGCCGAUCCACCGGCAGACGGGGUGAACGUGCAUGGACUCUUCCUGCAGGGAGCCGGCUGGGACGUUCCAUCAAAGAAGAUGGUGGAGUCUGAGAAGGCGGUGCUCUUCAAGGAGCUCCCGGUGAUCUGGGUGCAAGUGGUGGAGGAGGCAACCUUCCAGAAGGUUUCCACAGAACCUGGCAGGUACACCUGUCCCCUCUACAAGACCUCACUGCGCAAGGGAACUCUCGCGACUACAGGUCACUCCACCAACUUCGUUUGCUACUUCCGGCUGCCAAGUAACGAGGAGGAUCAGGGCCACUGGGUUCGACGCGGUGUGGCUCUUCUUUGUAUGCUGGAUGAUUGA